GAAGUUUCCCUUGUGAGCGCUGCCUCGCUUGUCCGAAUUCGGUGGCGCCACGUCCGUCGGUCUCCGCCUCCUGCACCGCGGCUGCGUCCCUACUUUUCCCUGGCCGAGCCGGCCGAGGAGCGCGGGGUGGGCACGGGAGGACGCGCGGCGCUGCGCAGCCGACCCCCUUGACGGGUGACCAUGUCGGACAUCGGGGACUGGUUCAGGAGCAUCCCGGCCAUCACGCGCUACUGGUUUGCGGCCACCGUCGCGGUCCCUUUGAUCGGCAAGCUCGGGAUCAUCAGCCCGGCCUACUUCUUCCUCUGGCCCGAAGCCUUCCUCUAUCGCUUCCAGAUAUGGAGGCCAUUCACUGCCACCUUUUAUUUCCCCGUGGGUCCAGGAACUGGAUUUCUUUAUUUGGUCAAUUUAUAUUUCUUAUAUCAGUAUUCUACACGGCUUGAAGCAGGAGCUUUUGAUGGGAGGCCAGCAGACUAUUUAUUCAUGCUUCUCUUUAACUGGAUUUGCAUCGUGAUUACUGGUUUAGCAAUGGAUAUGCAGUUGCUGAUGAUUCCUCUGAUCAUGUCAGUACUUUAUGUCUGGGCCCAGCUGAACAGAGACCUGAUUGUAUCAUUUUGGUUUGGAACACGAUUUAAGGCCUGUUACUUACCUUGGGUUAUCCUUGGAUUCAACUAUAUCAUUGGAGGCUCGGUGAUCAAUGAGCUCAUUGGAAACCUUGUUGGACAUCUUUAUUUCUUCCUGAUGUUUAGAUACCCAAUGGACUUGGGAGGAAGGAAUUUUCUGUCCACGCCUCAGUUUUUGUACCGCUGGCUGCCAAGCCGGAGAGGAGGGGUGUCAGGCUUUGGUGUGCCCCCAGCUAGCAUGAGGCGAGCUGCUGACCAGAAUGGUGGAGGCGGGAGACACAACUGGGGCCAGGGCUUCCGACUUGGAGACCAGUGAGGAGCAGCCCUGGCCUACCCACCAGCCAUGCUAAGCAGAUGACAGUUUCUUCCCAGUGCUGGGCACGCUUCAUGGCCAAGUUCUUGCUGCCGUUCUUGGACCUGACCCACGCUGAAUGUAGUCUUUCCGUACAAGACAACAUUUUUAAAUCCUGAAGGAAAAUACAAGUGUUCCUCAAGUUUCAUGAUGUUCAUUCAAGUCCUUACUGCUCUGAAGAACAAAUAUCAGCUGUGCAGAUUUCAAAACCAACUCCUUUUCUGGUGUCUUCUUCCUCCCUUUCCAUCUGAAUAAUGGGCUGGGCAAGUGGGGUUGGUUAGCCAAGCCCUGUGAAAGGAUCCCUUCCUCUUUCUCACACACAUGUUCCCAGAGUUGCAGCUAGAGUUGUCCACAAAAUGGUUUUGCCUUUGACAACCUCUGAUUUAUUGACUUUUGCCAAAGCUUGGUCACAAAGAGCUUGUUCCCACAUCGUUCUCGGCUGUUCCUGGCAGGACUGUGACAGUAGGGGAAGCGUGGAGCAGCGGCUGAAGAGCUCUCAGCUGUGGGGACUGGAGCAGCCUGACGGCAGUGCAGCCGUUGGCCGCCGCCGCCGCCGCCGCCGCUGUCUCAGAUGUUUAUGUACAGAAGCACCACUGAGUCAGUGAGGGCCCAGACUGGGAGUGGUGAGGGUUAGGAGUUGUUGCUAGGCACUUUUCUCCCCCCUAAGCCAAGUGAUCCAAACCAUAGUGGAGUGCUUCUAACCUAGAGGAUGGGUUUAAACAGGCUGUCUGUGUUUCUUCAUGGGAUGGACUGGCCUUGUGUACCCUGAGCAGUUGUGCUGUGCUGUGCUGUGUUAGGAGCUUCCAGAUCACACUGGCCACACAUGUCCUGGAGGCAAACUUGGGGGCACUGAUUCCGUUUCCUCCUCAUUGUGUGGGUGGGUGUUGACUGAGUCAGUGGAGGAGAGAGCAUCAGACUCUUUAAAUUUUUCUUUCAUUGUUUUCUGUCCCUUAACUUCUUGGUCAAGUGUUUUGGUUCCUGGUGAGGGAAGUACGGCUCUUUGGAUGUGUGUCAGUCAGUCUUUAAGGCUAACAGAAGCAGACCUGAGUAAGGCACACAUAAUUAGAGGCUCCAAUAGCUUUAGAAUUAUUCGUCUUUAUUAUCUUGGGUCAUGCAUGUAUACACUUUGUGAAUCAGACCUACUCCCUUUUUAUAGGUGGGCUUUUGCCAGCCGAGCUUGGCUUAUCACUAAAUAAAGUUUUCUGAAGGCUACAGUGCUUUAUAUAGUUACUUUAUGUUUUGAUUCUGAAACCAGACUGCUGGGAGCAGUGUGGUGUGGCCGCUAUACUUUGAAUGUUGUCACAGGUUUCCAAUACUUUGUUUGGUUCCUUUCAGGAAAUGUGCCCUAACAGUAUGACUUGUCAUUCUCGGUGAUGUGUGUUGUAUUAGGGAGUGGGAGUCUGAAAGUUGGUGUACCUCUCCAUAUUUAAUUUAUAUGAUAAACUAUUGGGUGGAGAGAGGCUGACCCUAAACUCUGGUUCUCCUGCUGACGUGAGGCUGUGAUAAAAGGUGUUUUGUAAAACUCCAGAGGCCACUCUCCCCAUGGCAUUGCACGUGCGCUCCCUGGGCAAGGUGGAGGCUCGAAUUCAGAAAGAACUCUACCAGGGAGAGAGCAAGAGAUUCUAUACUCUCUUACCAGGCUGGUUCCUGAGAGCACUUUUUCCUAAGGGUCUGCAAGUAUGUAGAACUUCUGUUCAAGGCAAAAUGUUCACUAAAUUGUUUCUCCUGAACAUGGUUAGGAAGCUGAUAAUUUUAUUAUCUUGCCUGGAUUACCAGUCCUUCCAGGAUAGUUUUACCAAAGCGAGCUGUUUAGUUUUGACUCACAAGGUAAGACAUCACAGUGGGUUCUCUUUAUGAAUGUGAAAAAAAACCUUAUUUUGUACAGACAGCUUUCCUUUUUGUAACUAAUCCUUUUUACUGGUAAACAUUGUAAAUUAAAAUGUGCAACUUGAA